AUGAAAAUCUACUUCAUUAUUCCUCUAGUUCUUUAUGCUACGCUCUUCAGUUCAUUUUUUUUGCCGGAUGGAGAUCCUCACAGCUAUGAGGACCCACCUUCCCAUCUGAGACCAAUUAUUCAUACCAAUUUCUGUGUUAUAGCCGAUGUUUUUAAAAGCUCAUCAAGAGUGCUUACUAUCCCCAUGAUGCUGCAUAUCACACCAGAUUAUAUCGGAGAAUCUUUACUAAGGACAGUAAAUAGCUGGGAUGGACGUGUCGUUUUGGCUGUUUAUACAGAUAGUUCUAUCAGACAUCCUAUCCAUCUGCACCCUAGUAUCGAACAAACAAUAAGAAAAUUACAGCAGCUCUUCCACUGCAAUCCCCAUUUGACUGAACAGGUGACUGUUCAUAUAUUCUAUUUAGCUACGGAGCAACUCAAUUGCGAACCCUUCAGCAUUGAAUUAUCCCAGAAUAUUACUUGUGAAAAUCCUUUCCAGCUAGACAAAAUAAAUUAUCAGAAAUUGUUAGGCUACUACCCCGUGAACGCAGCUCGUAAUAUUGCGAGAAAGUUUGAUACCUCAGCAUGCUUUGUACAAGCCGACGUUCAGCAAGUAUUUUCUUCAGGAGCCGAAGAAAAAUUAAGAAAAGCUUUUGAUAAAUAUGGGAAGAUAAACAAUGGGCAGGUUGCUUUCAUAAUUCCAAGGUUUGAAUCUGAAAAAGGAACAAUGAUCCCUAGGACGAUCGAGCAGUUGGAAGAAGUUCAUGAUAAAACAGUUUUUCAAUUCCAUGCGUUCAGCUACCCAACAGCACAUAAUGUAACUGACAUUAAAAAAUGGCUACACACAAGUUCAACGACGAAUAGCCUUAUUUCUGAAAUAACCAAUUACGAAGAUCACAAUACACCUGUCUGGGAACCUAUGUUUCUAGCUCACUCGUCUCUUCCAUUUCAUAAUGAAACCAUCUGGUACGGGAUGAGAAAUCAGGCAGCUCUGGUUUCACUGAUGUGUUGUCUCAAAUAUAAAUUCAUCAUCGUAAACAGCGUGUUCAACGUGCAUGAGGGUGUACGUCGAAUCCCAUUCAGUCGAAUUGUUCAUCCGUAUGAGCGUAUUAGAGCGAAAAAGAUUAUAACUGCCUAUUAUAUAUCAUUAGUAACCAGAUAUAACGACAGAGCAACUAUGUGUUUAGGACACUUGUCGUAUGGACUACAAGGGAACCAAAAAAGAAAAACAAGAUCUUAUGAAUAG